AUGAUCCCACUUUUCAAAGGUAAAGUAGGGAAGUUACUAGGCGUUUGCCUUGCACUUGGGUUUUUCAUAACGCUCACUGGGUUGCUGUUGCUAUAUCCUAACUCAGCAUUGAUAGAUGUAGUCAACGAAAAUAAUGGUAACAAAAGGCCAAGCUCUGGAUCAUCGAAUCAUCCAUUAUUCAACGGGGCAUUCAUUUCUUUGGAUAAUGAUAGACAAAUACAGUUCCAUGAGAAGCAUAGCAAGGUAAUAAUAUUCCCAAGGAAUAUGCCUUAUGACACAACAGAUUUAGCUGAGUUGUAUGAAGGGGUGUUCGAAUCCAAAUCAGCAAAUCAUUUUGUGAAAUAUGAACCAAGAAAUAAACCAGAGAAAAGUGAAAAAUUUCGUCAGCAUAUGUUGAAGACAUUCAAUAACCAGAAAACCACCAAGGAUUGCAGAGAGAUUCAAGAUGAACUAUCUAUAGAAAUAUCUGAUCUGAGGAGAUUUAAUGACGAUAUAGAAUCAAUUGUGGAGAAAUUUAUACUAUCAGAUUCCGAUUACUAUAAGGAAAUCAUGCCAUACUUUGGUAAGAAGAUAGUCGAACAGUUCCAGAAAAAAACAAUCCGAAACCAUUGGUUCAAAUUUGCCGGUACAUCAGUAUGGUUAGAAGACUAUGGUGUUCAUUAUAUGAUAUCAAGAAUUAUUUACUCAUCAAGUGGUAAGCGAAAUCACCCUGAUGUCAGUUUAACAUAUGCACAGAUAUUUAAUGAAAAUUGGCUUGAAGUCAAAGAUGUUGAACUUAUUGUUCCCAAUAAAGACAUAGAAAUUUUAGGCGACGGGAUGAAUAUAAAUGGGGAUACAUACACAAGAUUAGAAUAUCCAAACUUCUUAUCAAUUCCUUGUUUCCAAGAUGCCAGUAAGACCAAAGGAAGGUUCUACGGAACUGAAGACCCUAGGAUGUUACUAGUGAAGGACGAGAAAGGCUAUGAUCAACCAUUAAUCAUAUACAAUGCAUACCACAGAAAAUUGAUCAAAACCAUAGAGGCAAAUUCAACCGAAGAAGUUAUGAAGGAUGAAUUUUACAGAUCAAUGUUUAUGAGUUGGCCAUGGAAAUUUCAAAAAGGGAAAAGUAACAUCGACUAUUCACCAGAUGAGGCAACAUAUUCAACAAUUUAUAACAAGGCUAUCGAAUUGAAAAGAGAAGAUAUAGGAAGGCAGCCCAAAGAGAAGAAUUGGACACCUUUUAUUAGUUAUCAAGAUCGUGAAAUCUACCAACAUGACAAGUUUAUUUAUUUCGUGUACAAAUGGUCGAAUUUGGAAACUUUGAAGUGUAAUCUAACAAAUGCACUGGGAGAAUAUAGUAAUUGUGUAUUAGACUAUAAAGCAGACAAUGAAAAUAAAAACCAAAAAGUAGGACCUUUGAGAGGUGGUACUGAAAUGAUCAACAUGAACAUGUUGAUGCAGAAUUCGGGAAAGACUUCCGAGUCAUUGGAAAAUAAAGAAGUUUGGAUAGGUUUUGCAAGAGCACACAUAAAAAAGUGUGGGUGCAACACAGGAAUGUAUCGACCAAAUUUGGCAGUAAUUGUCAAGGAUUUGAUGAGCAAUCAGUACCAUAUCGAUCUUAUUUCUUCAUACACCUCGUUAGAUAUGGAAAUGGUAGGGUGGAACUUGAAGAAACCUCAAGAUACCUGUGGAGGUAAAAGUGUUCUCAUACCCAACGGGAUAAGCUCAUGGUCAAUAGAUGACAUUGGUGGCAACAAUUGGAUUGAUCGUUUGACAUUGACUCUAUCAUUAUCUGAUGCUACUAAUGAUUUGAUCCAUAUCAAAGGACUUUUGUCAUCAGUUUUACCAAAAUUGAGUUCUAACUCGAAUCCAAACGAUAAUGUCAGAUGUGCAAUGGAGAGCUCCAAGAAGUUCUGUAAAGUAUUUGCAAACAAGCAGUCCAAGGAUCCUAAACUAUAA